GGGGAGGACAGGAGGUUUCACUGCAUUGGUAGGCUACCGGCAUGACAUUAUAGGAUGGGAACCAUAUAAUUCAGCCCCCUCAGCAGGUUAAGUUUUAUAUCCGAACUUGACUGACAUGGUUCGGACUGAACCGUAUAAAGGGCAUCAGUCCAGUAGUUCUCAGGCCACUGAACUAAAACCCGGAGCCGGGUGGAUGUUAUAGGCACUGUGGAUUUUAGUCCUUGCGUAUCGUAUAUUUGUCUUGAAGACCUUUUUUCUCAACAUUUUUGUCGUAGAGGACAUAUAGCCUAGACUUUGUGUUGUUACAGUUGGAUUGCACAUUACGGCAGGAGUUAUGAUACUCAGGAGAAAUUUCUACUUGCUGCCUUUGCUGUUACUGUGCAUCAGAGCACUACCUCAAGAUGGCCAUGUGGAAGAUGAAUCCAUCUUCGACCUUUUCAAAAUCAGCAGCAUCAGCAGAAAGACGAUUGGUGCCAAGCUCUUCAAGGGCCACGACUGGGACUCUGCAUACCGCUUCAUCCGCUUUGAUCACAUCCCUGCUGUGAGCACCCCGGCCCUCCAUCAGAUCCUAAAGCAGGUCCAGAACAAUGAGGGCUUUGUGUUUGUGGCCACCAUACGACAAGACAAGGGCUCCAGGGGAACCCUGAUUGGUCUGGAGGGUCCCAGUGGGAGCCGUCAGUUUGAGAUUGUGUCCAAUGGGCGCGCAAACACACUGGAUCUGGUCUACAUGGUUGAGGGAUCUCAGAAUGUGCUGUCCUUUGAGGAUGUGGACUUGUCUGAUUCACAGUGGAAGAACAUUACGCUGUACGUUCAUGGAGAGAACGCUAACCUUUACAUAGGAUGUAGCCUCAUUGACAGUGUGAUCCUGGAUGAGCCUUUCUAUGAGCAUCUUCAGCCGGAGGGCAGUCAGAUGUUUGUGGCCAAGGGAUCUAUCCGGGAAAACCACUUCAGGGGCUUACUACAGAAUGUGCAGUUCCUUUUUGACACACCUAUAGAGAACAUCCUGAGAAACAAAGGUUGUGAGAUCGCCAAACCUGAAGAAGUUAACGUGGUUAAUGAGAGUACGGAGACUGUGUCUGUCGGUACGGCCAUCUCCACCAACUUCAUUGGGCAGAAGGAGAAAAUGGCAUCGGACGUGUGCGAACGUUCCUGUGAGGAAAUCACCAACAUGGUCCAGGAGCUCAAAGGUCUCCGUAUUGUUGUGGGCAAUCUCAUCGAUGGCUUGCAGAAAGUGACUGAGGAGAACACCGUGAUGAAGGAGGUGCUGGGGAACAUGAAGAACAUCAAAGACAAGCGCAUGUGCUGGCAAGACGGCCGUCUCUUUGAGGAUAAGGAGGACUGGGUUGUGGACAGCUGCACUAAGUGUACCUGUCAGGAAUCAAAGAUUGUAUGCCAUCAGAUCACAUGUCCUCCAGUAUCCUGUGCCAGCCCAACUUUCCUGGAUGGUGAAUGCUGUCCAGUGUGUCUGCCUAAAGAUAGCGAGGAUGGCUGGUCUCCUUGGUCUGAAUGGACAGAGUGUACCGUCACAUGUGGAACGGGCACCCAGCAAAGAGGCAGGUCAUGUGAUGCUGCAAGUAACCCCUGCAAUGGCCCCUCCAUCCAAACCCGCAGAUGCAACUUGGGAAAAUGCGACAGUCGUGUCCGUCAAGAUGGUGGUUGGAGUUUGUGGUCCCCCUGGUCGUCAUGCUCUGUGACAUGUGGAGAGGGACAGAUCACGCGAAUUCGCCACUGUAACUCCCCUGUCCCUCAGCUGGGAGGAAAGGACUGCGAGGGCAGCGGGAGAGAGACGAAAAAAUGUGAAGCCAAACCCUGUCCGAUUGAUGGAGCCUGGGGCCCAUGGUCUCCUUGGGCGAUCUGCUCCGCUACCUGUGGGGGAGGAACAAGGACACGAACACGCGUGUGUAACAGCCCUCGUCCACAGUAUGGCGGCAAAAAAUGCCCAGGAGAGUCCAAGGACAAUGAUUCCUGCAACAAACAGGACUGCCCUGUUGAUGGUUGUCUAUCUAACCCGUGCUUCGGGGGUGUUGACUGCACCAGCUCCCCUGACGGCUCGUGGGAGUGCGGGCCCUGCCCUGUCGGUUUCCGUGGCAAUGGAACAUUCUGUGAGGAUGUGAAUGAGUGUGACAUGGUGCCUGAUCUUUGUUUUAAAAACGGUGAAUCCCAGCGCUGUGUCAACACAGACCCAGGAUUCCACUGCUUGCCUUGCCCUCCUCGAUACAAAGGCAAUCAGCCCUUUGGAAUGGGAGUGGAGGCUGCCAAGCUAAAUAAACAGGAGUGUGAGCAAGAAAACCCCUGCAAAGACAAGACUCACAACUGCCACAGGUCCGCUGAGUGUAUCUUCCUUGGCCACUUCAGUGACCCCAUGUUUAAAUGCGAGUGUAUGAUCGGCUAUGCUGGGGACGGCCUCAUCUGCGGCGAGGACUCUGACCUUGAUGGCUGGCCCAAUCAGAACCUGGUGUGUGGAGCCAACCAGUCCUAUCACUGUAAAAAGGACAAUUGUCCCAACCUUCCAAACUCAGGCCAAGAGGACUUUGAUAAAGAUGGUCAAGGAGACGCCUGUGACAAAGACGACGAUAAUGAUGGAAUAAUGGAUGAGGGGGACAACUGUCCUCUACUGUACAAUCCCAGGCAGUUUGACUACGAUAAAGAUCUUGUCGGUGAUCGUUGUGAUAACUGUCCAUAUGAGCACAACCCCGCUCAGAUCGACACAGACGGUAAUGGCGAGGGAGAUGCCUGCUCUGUGGACAUUGAUGGAGAUGAGGUUCUGAAUGAGCAUGAUAACUGCCCUUACAUGUACAAUACUGACCAGAAGGACACAGACAUGGAUGGAGUGGGUGACCAGUGUGAUAACUGUCCUCUGCUGCACAACCCUGACCAGACUGACUCAGAUAAUGACCGAGUUGGUGACGAGUGCGACAACAAUCAGGACAUUGAUGAGGACGGCCACCAGAACAGCCUGGAUAACUGUCCCUACAUUGCGAAUGCCAACCAGGCCGACCAUGACAAAGAUGGGAAAGGAGAUGCUUGCGAUUUUGAUGACGAUAAUGACGGGAUCCCUGAUGACAAGGACAACUGCAGGCUGGUGCCCAACAAAGAUCAACUAGACUCUGAUGGGGAUGGAAGAGGCGAUAUCUGCAAAGAUGAUUUUGACAAUGACAACAUUCCAGACAUUUUGGAUGUGUGCCCUGAGAACGACGCCAUCAGUAACACUGACUUCCGGAAGUUUCAGAUGGUGCAUUUGGACCCCAAAGGAACUACACAAAUUGAUCCCAACUGGGUGGUCAGACAUCAGGGCAAAGAGUUGGUUCAGACUGCCAAUUCUGACCCUGGUAUUGCUGUGGGUUUCGAUGAGUUCAACGCUGUGGAUUUCAGUGGCACUUUCUACGUCAACACUGACAGAGAUGACGAUUAUGCUGGAUUUGUGUUUGGCUAUCAGUCCAGCAGUCGAUUUUAUGUGGUAAUGUGGAAGCAGAUAACUCAGACGUACUGGGAAGUUAAUCCUUCAAAAGCCUUUGGCAUCUCUGGAGUUUCUCUGAAAGUGGUCAACUCUACCACGGGCACAGGGGAGCACCUGCGUAAUGCCCUGUGGCACACUGGUGACACUCCUGGACAGGUCCGCACUCUGUGGCACGAUCCUAAGAAUAUCGGCUGGAAGGAUUACACUGCGUACAGGUGGCAUCUCAUCCACAGACCCAAGACAGGAUUCAUCAGAGUGGUGGUUUAUGAGGGGAAACAGAUCAUGGCAGACUCGGGGCCGGUUUAUGAUAAAUCCUUUGCAGGAGGGAGAUUAGGACUGUUCGUGUUUUCCCAAGAACUGGUUUACUUCUCUGAUCUCAAGUACGAGUGUCGAGAUAACUGAGAAAAAGAAGAAAUGACUCCCUUGAAAGACUAUAGCACAACAACACAUUUUCACACUCUCUGACAAAAAACUAAAGACUUUGGUGGACUACAAAUAUAAAACAGGCUCCAAACCGCCUCCUGAGGAGAAAGACUUAACUUAAAUUACAAGCACAUUUAAUCAAUGUUUUUGUGUCCGUGAGUCAGUAUUUGUUAGCCAAAGUUUUUUGUAAUGUUAAUUGAACAUUACAUAUGUGGUAUUUCUUUACAAAAUGAAGGAAAAACAAUCACAAAACUUCAUCCUCUGGCAUUUUUAUCACCAACUGCUUUACUUGCACAAGAUUUUUUUACUUACUGUGUAUUGUUACAAUGUGCAGAAUUUUUUCUCCUUUGGAUUUGUUGUUGUAAUGGAGACAUCUUUUUCUACAACCCUCAAUUCUAGCAGGGGCUUUGGGUUUGAUCAGCAUAUAUGUUUUAGAGACCUUUGAGAUGAAGAUGUUUAUAUUAAGACUGUAUCAUAAUUACUUGUGUAAAGUAUUUAUAUGACUCUUGCAAUUCAGUAUCAAAUUAUGUCUUCUUUUUUUUGCAAUGCUUUCAGAACCUAGACAUUGUAAAUACUAAUUUAUUUGCUUACACUGACAAAAUUUGACUAUUGCAGAAAUAAAGAUUUUAAAAAGUACAUUUUUAUUGCUGCACUUCCAGACAUCCAUAAUGCAAUUUCAUGUCUAUGUAAUUUUUUAAGUGUUUUUUCAAAUGUGAGAAUGAGUUUUUGUCCUGUGAUGCCACACUGCAUGUGUUACAUUUAACACAAAUUUGCUGGUCUUGAACCACUUUUUCCUUUAGUUUCUUAUGUUUUGUCUGUUUACUAAAGAAACUGUCAUGGAGAACACAAUACGUAAUCAGAGAAACAGAGACUCUCAUACAUAAGAGAUUGUGAUUCAUCGUCCAGAUCUUUCAAACCUGAACAUUCAUCUGUUUUGUCUUUCUUUUGCUUGUUAGAUGUUUUUAUUUUCAUAACCAUUUUUUAUAUUUUGUAAAAAGUGCAAUGCCUUUGAUUUUUAUGCCACAUCCCCAGAAAACCUUGUAACAUUUUCUAAUAUUGUUAUUCUCGCAGUUGUCACAGGUUUUUUCUUUAAUAAAAGGUUUAGACACCGUUUUUCAUU